CAUUCUUGUACUUGACUUCAAUCGUCUUCUCAGGUACAUCGGACACUACGUCUGGUUUGAUUUGGUUCUUCGUGAAUGCCUGUUUCACAUCAUCAGCACACAAAGCAGCUGAUAUCACCGUACCGAAGAACACCACUAAAAUUGAGUAGUUCAUGUUGACAGGCAAACGAGGAAAUCAAAAUCAAGCACCUAGAAACCCGCCGAUGUAUGAGAUGCAAGACCGCUACGAAAGUUCUUUUAUACGAACAUAGGUGUGAGAGCUUCCCACACCAUGGUACAACGGCAGCUAGAACCAGUGCGUAUCGUCGCAGAGGUUUGAAGCCUCAUCAUGACUUAAAAGUCUAGUCAGCAUAAUAUGAGGUCUAUGGCCGAUCGACGCAUAUUCACGUACGAACAAGAACGAUGAAGACCGAGAAAUAAGGAAACGUUAAACGUUAUCAAAAAUAAAAAUGGCGGCUGUUAUCCCGGCUGUGACGAGAAUAUCAAGCAGGAUUAUUCGAGUUUUAGGAUGCAAUCCAGGGCCGAUGACGUUACAAGGGACAAACACAUACAUUGUAGGUACCGGAAAAAGGAGAGUAUUGAUUGACACAGGUGAUGCAGAUGUACCACAAUACAUUCAUUACUUGAAGACAGUUCUUGAUGAAGAAGAAAUCCAUUUAGACCAUAUCUUGGUCUCACAUUGGCACCAUGAUCAUCUAGAUGGCGUUUCUGAUAUCUUCAGUCAAGUUUCAGAAAGAACAGGUUCUCUUUACUCUAAUUUUUCAUACUAUCUUCUGUUAUAUACUGUAUACCUCAGUGUCUCAAUUUCUUUAGGUAUAUGUAAGGUUUGGAAGUUUCCCAGCCAAAAAGUUCAAGCAACUAACGUUCCUGACAACCUACCAUUACAUUCUUUGGAAGAUAAACAAGUUUUUGAGAUAGAGGGCGCCACAUUGCAAGUCCUCUUAGCUCCUGGUCACACCGACGAUCACGCAAUUUUUCAUCUUCAAGAGGAGGAUGCCAUUUUUAGUGGAGAUUGCAUAUUAGGGGAAGGGACUGCCGUGUUUGAAGACCUUUAUGACUAUAUGAAUUCACUCAAUUUGAUAUUAGGAUUGGACCCCAAGAUUAUAUAUCCAGGGCAUGGGAACAUCAUCAAGAGUCCCCAAGAAAAAAUCCAAUUUUAUAUACAGCAUCGGCUAGAGAGAGAAAAACAGAUUAUGGAAGUGUUGAAUCAAAAUCCAAAGAAGCAGUUCACUGAAGAAACCCUAGUAGAAGAAAUAUAUACUGAUCUAUCGCCGAAGCUGAUAGCUGCUGCCUGCAGAAAUGUAAACCACCACUUAAUGAAGCUUCUGAAGGAAGAAAGUGUUAAACUUGUUGACAAAAAGUGGCAAAUUAAAUGUUGAUGUGUUUAGUUUUAAUAACCCUAUGAAACAAAUAAGUUGUAAAGAUUCAAGCUUUGCUUGUGAUUUUCUGAUGCUUCCAAUAAAAAGGGUGCUACCAUACA